AUGUCGAUGUCGUCGUCGCAGAUCGAUCCGCGCCUGAGAGACGCCGCUCCUCCUCCAGGCGCCUUUGCUCAGCGUCUGUCCAGCGCCACCACCAGCGUCAUCUCACCCAUUGCCGCGAACCCCCCCCCGACACACUCACUUUCGCAUUCACAUUCACAUUCGCAUUCACAAUCGCAAUCGCAAUCGCAAUCGCCCAGUCUCCCCCAGCACCACCAACAGCAGCUCCAGCUCCAGCAGCAGCUCCAGCAGCAACAUCAGCAGCAGCAGUAUCCGCCUUUGCAAGAUGCCGCGCACUACCUCCCCCAGACCCCUCAAUCCGCCGGCCGCGCCAUGUCGAUGUCGAUGUCCGACAACGACGGUGGAAACCCCGCCCUCGAUGGCAGCCAGCUCGAUUCCAAAAGACCGAGGGCGUGCGAGGCUUGUCGAGGGUUGAAGGUCCGCUGCGAAUCCGAUAUGAACAUCCCCGACGGCCCCUGCAAGAGAUGUGCCAAAGCAGGUCGCAAUUGCGUGGUGACGGUCCCAAGUCGGAAGCGCCAGAAGAAGACGGACAGCCGCGUAGCAGAAUUGGAGAAGAAGAUUGAUGCGUUGACUGCGAGUUUGCAAGCAACCAAGUCGGCUUCUGUAUCUGUGGCUCCCGGCGGCCAGCAUGGGGUUGCUCAAGACGGGCCGGAUGUUCAGGUCGGCCAAAAUCCGUACCAGCAGGUAACGAAUGGGGUAUAUAACACCCCGUUUGUAAAUCGUUCCGAGGUCCGCCUGAAUUCAACCGAAUAUGCUGGAUAUCCCAAGGAGGAAUUCGACUCGAAGCGAAUGUCGGCUCCGCCAAUGGUCGUGGCAGGACAGAAGAGGAAGCACGCCGAUAGUCGUGAUGAAUACUCGGGCAUCACUAUGUCGACUGGGAAUAUACCCAAAAGGCUCUCAGAGAGUGGAACGGGCCAGCACCUCUGUGGGCCCAAUGAGGCUAUGUCGGGGACGGCGCCGCAGAAACAGGCGUUGACGCACGAAUACGCAGAUGUUGUGGAUAGAGGGCUAUUGACCGCGGACAUGGCAACCAAAAUCUUCAACUCAUACGUCGAAAAAAUGGCUCCCCAUUUACCAGCUGUGGUAUUCCCUGCUGAUACAACUGCUGCCGAGGUCCGGAAAUCAAAGCCCACCCUCUUUCUAGCUAUACUUAGCGCUAGUUCUGGAAUGAACUAUCCUGAAUUACAGAGGACUUUGACGAAGGAGGUAAUGAGCAUAUAUGCUGAGCGUAUCAUAGUGAACGGAGAGAAGACCCUGGAAUUGAUACAGGCUCUGCAUGUUAGUACUCUAUGGUACUGGCCUCCUGAGCAUUUUGAAGAGCUCAAGUUCUAUCAACUCAUUCACAUUGCGGCUGUUAUGGCCAUUGAUAUUGGCAUGGGCAAAAAGAGCAAGCCGCAAAAGGCCAAAUAUCAUGGGUUGUGGAAAGAUCACCCCUGGCGACGAACUCCAUAUCCAGAUUCCGAGAGUCCCGAGGCACGAAGAGCAUGGCUGGCUUGUUAUUUUUUGUGUUGCAACGCGUCAAUGGGGCUGCGUCGGCCAAAUCUGAUCCGUUGGACUUCUUUUAUGGCUGAUUGUAUUGAAUUCCUGGAGACAUCCCCGGAUGCAGCUCCUUCUGACAAGGUAUUGUGUCAAUGGGUGCGCAGUCAACAUAUGGCCGAGGAGGUGGGUACUCAAUUCUCAAUGGAUGACCCAAUGGCGAAUGUGAGCAUUGCAGACUCGAAGGUCCAGUACGCUUUGAAGGGCUUUGAGAGGGAUCUAGACAAAUGGAGCAGCCAGAUACCUGCGGAGUGUCACUCGGUUGAUUUGAAACUCACCGAGCACGUGGUCAAUUUGUAUAUGCAUGAAGUCGCCAUGCACGUGGACCACAAUGUUGAGGAGUUCAAGCCACCAUUCACGGAGGAGAAUUUACGUGGAGUCGGCGAGCGAGAACCAGAUAUGCUAACCAGCGCUCACAUAAACGCUCUCUCAACCUGUUUAACGUCCAUCGAUGGGAUACUCGAAAACUUCUUCAAAUUCGAUACCGAGACAGUCCGAUGCCUACCCAUCUUCAACUUUAUCCGCGUGGCAUACGCCGUGGUUGUCCUUAUAAAAAUGUACUUUGCAGCGGCGACUCCUAAUUCGGAAUUGGGAAACGUUAUCAAUAAAGACAAUAUGAAGGUCGAACAAUAUUUGGAUAUGCUCCUCGAGAUUUUCAAAGCAGCCGCUGCGGAAGAGAAGUCGCGGCCUGCUGCCAAAUUCCUGAUGGUGCUUAUUAUGCUGAAGACUUGGUUUCAUCGUCAACGUGAGGGCAAAACAGCACAACCUGGUGACGCAGUCCCUACAUCGACCCUUUUAACCGAAUGGUCCUCGGACACCCCAAAUGAUCCUAAUUCAAAGGGCAAUCGGCAAGACGUGAAACCGCAGAAUGGGCAAAGACCUUUCACUCCUGCGAACACGCCCCUUCAACUGCUCAGCGAAGUUGCAACAGGCGAUUCGAGGGGCCAAUCUAGAUCUGAAAACGGAGGUCAAUAUUCCGGUACCCCGAGCGAAUGGCAGCAGUCACAACAAUUUGCAAACUACGAGUCAAUGAACCAGGUAUCCUCCGUGCAAAACAACUAUCCAAUCGCAUCGGGGAACAUCGAUCCUGCUCUUGGCAUGGAUCUCGGCUAUACGAUGGGAGAUGGUUUUGAGCAAGCUUUAGGAAUGACACUUGGAGUGGGGGAUUAUGCGGGGUAUUUUGGUGAUGAUGUGUUUUUUGGGAACCUCAUGGAUACCAUGGGGAGUAAUAUGACUAACACUGAUGGGUUUUAA